CUGUGAGAUUGUCUAAUGAGGCUCCUUCAUUCAUUCAGCAAAUACUUAACAAGUGGUGCAGUGAGCCAGCAAGCACCGCUCAGCCACAGGGAUGUGGCGGUGAACAGGACAGCCAAGGUCCCUGCUCCUGGGGAGUUUUCUGCUAAUGACAGCCUUCACCCCUGGCAAGAGCGAAUCUCAUACACACCACCCGAGAGCCCGGUGCCCAGUUACGCUUCCUCGACUCCACUUCAUGUUCCAGUGCCCAGAGCGCUCAGGAUGGAGGAAGACUCGAUCCGCCUGCCCGCGCACCUGCGCUUGCAGCCAGUUUACUGGAGCAGGGAUGACGUAGCCCAGUGGCUCAAGUGGGCUGAAAAUGAGUUUUCUUUAAGACCAAUUGACAGCAACACGUUUGAAAUGAAUGGCAAAGCUCUCCUGCUGCUGACCAAAGAGGACUUUCGCUAUCGAUCUCCUCAUUCAGGGGAUGUGCUCUAUGAACUCCUUCAGCAUAUUCUGAAGCAGAGGAAACCUCGGCUUCUUUUUUCACCUUUCUUCCACCCCGGAAACUCGAUCCACACCCAGCCAGAAGUCAUACUGCACCAGAACCACGAAGAAGAUAACUGUGUCCAGAGGACCCCGAGGCCGUCCGUGGAGAAUGUGCACCACAACCCUCCCACCAUUGAACUGUUGCACCGCUCUAGGUCACCCAUCACCACCAAUCACCGGCCGUCUCCUGACCCAGAGCAGCGGCCCCUCCGGUCCCCCCUGGACAACAUGAUCCGCCGCCUCUCCCCAGCCGAGAGGGCCCAGGGACCAAGGCUCCACCAGGAAAACAACCACCAGGAGUCCUACCCCCUGUCGGUGUCUCCCAUAGAGAACAAUCACUGCCCACCGUCCUCCGAGCCCCACCAGAAGCCGUCCAGCCCCCGGCAGGAGAGCACCCGCGUGAUCCAGCUGAUGCCCAGCCCCAUCAUGCACCCUUUGAUCUUGAACCCCCGGCACUCCGUGGAUUUCAAACAGUCCAGGCUCUCCGAGGACGGGCUGCACCGGGAAGGGAAACCCAUCAACCUGUCGCAUCGGGAAGACCUGUACAUGAACCACAUCAUGGUCUCCGUCUCCCCGCCCGAGGAGCACGCCAUGCCCAUUGGGAGGAUAGCAGACUGUAGACUGCUUUGGGAUUACGUCUAUCAGUUGCUUUCUGACAGCCGGUACGAAAACUUCAUCCGAUGGGAGGACAAAGAAUCCAAAAUAUUCCGGAUAGUGGAUCCCAACGGACUGGCUCGACUGUGGGGAAACCAUAAGAACAGAACAAACAUGACCUAUGAGAAAAUGUCCAGAGCCCUGCGCCACUACUACAAACUAAACAUUAUCAGGAAGGAGCCCGGACAAAGGCUUUUGUUCAGGUUUAUGAAAACCCCAGAUGAAAUCAUGAGUGGCCGGACAGACCGUCUGGAGCACCUCGAGUCCCAGGAGCUGGAUGAACAAAUAUACCAAGAAGAUGAAUGCUGAAGGCACCUGCCCCGUCUCAGCGGCCGCAGCCCAGGGCACCGCGGCCCCAGGACUGCUGGAGGCGGAGCAGGGGACUGCGGAGAGUAGGAGAGGACGAGGCCGCAAUGGGAGUGACACUUCCCUUGCAUACCAGGAGGGACCCAGAGCACCUUAGACAAACCACCCAGCAAAGGCAGGGCUGGAAUUCUGGCCAGCGGCACGAGCCCGGGACUCACGUUCACGUUCCCCCCUCAUUCGGAAUCUGUCCAUCUGCAAUUCCUCACCCUCGCCCUUCCACCUGUUGUCAGUUUCAUGGUGUUUUUGUUUUUAUUUUUUUAUGACCACGCAGUUUGACUCUCAUCAGUCAUCUAGGGGAAGACAUGAGCUUGUUUUCCUAUGGAAAUAUUAUAUCUAUUAUAUAUAUUUUUUGCAAAUCUCACAAAGUGUGGCAAACCCAGCUCGUCAGGAAAGAGAAAACUUGCAAAAGGGUCCAGCUCCUCUUGCCCCGCCACGUGGAUCCGGUCUGUGCCUGUUGCUGUUGGAUCUUGGAGGACAGGGGGCAGGGAAAAGAGGAUGCUUUUAAAAAAGAUAAAGUGAAAAAGGAGAGGUCUCUUUCUCUCUCCUGCUCUUUCUCCUUCCCUGCCUUCUCCACCCCGCAUCCCCCCCACCCCGCGCCCCCUUGGAGUUCAGCCUCUUGGAGAGUCUGGGUAGCAAUUGGCAUCUAAACAGAAUCGGUGGCCUGGGUGCUUUGGGGCCAACGCCGCUAAGUCAGACCCACAUCCCUGCACUUGGCCACCGUCCGAGGGAGCCCCAAACACCUGAGAGGCCGCUGUCCUCCAGGGAGACGGGUGUCCAUCCCACAGACAGACACGGCGUGAGGGCCCCGCAGCUCAGGGUUCUACAGCCUCCGCCCAAGGUGGACGCUGCGGGUUAUUUGGAAGCCCCAGCACCUGGGAUCACAGUGGAAAACCCGCAAAGGCCACACAGGCCUGAGGGUCCAGAAACGGAGUGAGAGCUCUGAGCUGGGACCUGUUAUCCCGAAGCAGGCCACGCAGGCAGGCAGGCAGGGUGCCUGUGCUCCAUCAUGUGGUCAGUUCCAUGCCCUCACCUAACUUUUUUUUUUUUUUUUGCAAUUUCUAGGCUUUUUAAAAGUUCCCCGGUCCCCAGAGGGCACAGGGCAUUGGAGAAGGGAGGACCUUGGAAUAUGCAGUCUCAGUUGCUACCUGUGUUUGCCCAGCCUGGGCAGACAGCAAAUCCCUCAGAUACAGGACCGUUUCCUUCUGUCCUUCUUGCAUAGCUGUGCUGCAGAAUGGAACCCAUCCGUGGCUCUUUUUCCCCUCAAAAUAAGAUCAAUUGUAUCUAGGAAAGUGAGGCUAGCGCCACCCCUUCGUACUUUUGAUAACAUUUUUAGAGAGCUGUUUAGAUUUGCUUUCCUUUUCUAGCCGUCAAAGUUCCCUCUUCCAAUACAGGUUCAGAAUCCAAUACGAGGAGUACAGUGUGUUUUAAUUCAAAAUAUUGGACCUGCCUUACAAAGCACCCCCUCCUUCUUUCCCUCAGCUCCCCCAGGGUACGUACCGUAGGUGAUGGUCAACAGGGGUCCCAGGUGAGGCUGCCAGACCCCGCCUCUUCUCCAGCCAUUAGACACAAUCCUUCCCCAGGUUCCUGACAAGGACACCAGUGGGGGCGAAGGGCACCAUAGGUUAAGGAUGGUUUCAGGACCGUGGACUUGAGGAGCUCAUCGGGGCUCUUUGUUCUUGCUCUGUUCCUGCCUCAUAUCAGACCAUAUGUAGACACACAGAGGUGGCCAGCCACUCCCACGUCACACACUCCCCCCACUCUAACUGGCAGAAUAUCAGGCUUGUGAUGAGGUCAGAGACCAUCUGUGGGAGGCUAGAGGCUCUCCACGGGGAGGGUCUGGUCUGAAUCGGUGUGGAUGGGGCAGUGCCGCUGGGUCCCAGCAGGACACAGAUGUCUCUCAGGAGUGUGCAGCCGCACACCAGCCUCUGAGAUGACUGAUGUAUCUCCGAGGGGGAGAUGAAGCCAGAUACCUGGCGUGUUGUGGAGCCACUGCGUUUGAGGGCUGGAGAAACAGGCUGGAUUUUCAGUGGGGCCCUUUGUGUGAUUAUGAAAUCAGACACCAGGGCAUGAUGCUCUUCCCUCAGAUGAGGACAUGUCAUUCCGUCCACCUGACCCAGGUAGUGCGACCCAGACUACUUUCCAGUCCAAGAAUCUUAUGGAUGAAUUAUGGAGGAAAAUUCCCUUUGGCCCCAAGGAUUUCUCUGUAUUUAAAGCAAUAUUCUCUAUGAAAAUGUAAGACAGGAUGACACCUUCAGCCACUUAAAGAAGAAAUAGAAGGUGCUAAUUCCAGUAUAGUCUUGAUUUCCCAUCCAGGUAUUUAUUACCAAUAAUGAUUGUGUAUUGAUUUCCCUUAACAUCAAAGACCUUCUCAUUUGUUCUUUGAGAGAACACCUGGGCAGUGCUGACACCAGGGGUACAGUGCUCACACAUGCAGACCCCAAAAGUUUCAGACUGAAUGUAGCCAGCCUUCAUAAAGCACCCGUGAGACCCGUGAGGGACUCAAAAGUGAAUCUGGCACGAUCCUGCCCUCUGAAAGCUUGCUUCCUACCUGCAGAAUCCAUCCAGCAUGACAUGUCCCACUUCAACACUACAUACCAAGGGAGUAAACAUUCCACCUGGGACCAAGUUAAAAGCACACCUGUGAUCUAAACAGUAGGUCUUUCCUGCAGCCAUCGGGGAAUUCUUGGCUUGUGAGAUCAGAACUUGGGAAAGGAAAAUGCAGAGGAAGAUUACCUAGGGGGAGGGGAGCUUUCUCCAGCAGUGUCCGGAAUAGGCGCGCUCACUUGGAUCAUGAAACUCUCUAGCAUCUCCUCCCUGCACUUUGAGUUAGGUUGCCUCCUCUCCAUCGGAAGGUAGCAGUGGCGAAGGGAUGGACUGGCUGUGUGGAAGUAACAUGAUCUCUAAGAUGUUUUUGUACUAAGGCAACAUGGCCUGGCCUAAGGCAGCAUCACCGAGGGUCCAGAUCAUGGGAGAGGGGAGGUCUCACAGGAAAAGAGGAAUAACAAACUUAGGAAAUGCUGCUUUUAACAGUAUCUUUGGAGUCUCUGAUCCAUUGCCUUCUGACGCUGAGGGUGUAGAUUUAGCUGACACUUAAAGGCUGUGGCAAGAUUUACCUGAAUGACUAAGUCGGCACCAUUUCCACCUUUCCCUGCCUAGGUUCCAACUCUGAAAACAUUUUUGAAAUAUUAACUCCUUUUGCAGAGGGAAACCUGAGUGUUAGAGAGGUACUAGGACUUGCCCUAGGUGCAGCCAGCGUGCCAGGCACGGAGUUAGGUUUGGGAUCCAGCCCGAUCAUACCUCCAUUUGACCCAUUCCCACCCAGGAAGCUGAAGAUAAAAGGUCUGGGAAAAUACACAAAGAACAAAGGGCGGUUUUCUUCGCCCAGGCAUUCCAUUCGGUGCUAGUUAGUUUUCACCUGCUCAGCCUGCUCCUCUCUGGGCAGAAGCCUGGAAUGAAGGGAGUGACACGAGGAAGCCAGCGCAGGGGAGGGAGGGGACACGAUGGUCCCUGCCUGUCUAAAACCCCCAAGACUAACCUGAUACUCUUGGCCCCAUCUGCAUCAACACUAACAGCUCCGAACUCCCUGGAUCUUUCACACACGCCAAGUGAACAUUCUUGAAGGUUCCUCUUUGUGACUGCAACCACCUGCAAACCCAAACGAAUCUAGAAUUUCUUUUUUGUUUUCUCUUUUUGUUUGUUUAAUUUCUAAUCUCUUGUUGUUUAUGAGGUGUGGGGUUUAUAAGGGACAGAAUCAAAUGAAUGUAACAAAAAAGAAAAAAGAAAAAAAAUGCCUUUUCUCAGGGCCAGUGAGUUGCAAAUAAUUUUUAAAGAAAAGCCUAUAAUUGCAUCAUCUCAAUAAAUUUUUUAUUUAAAAAAAAAAAGGUCCCAAGUGUCUAUUUUAAUAAGAUGAAAUGGAGUCAGAGAGGCAAGGUGCUCCGAUGAGGUAAAUCCUGUCUCCGCUCAAUUAUGGUAUAAAGUGCAGUCAUGGUUUUUCACUGGCAGGAAGCCUCUGUCACAGGGCCGUCUGCAGGCGAUCUUCAGCCCUGAAAGGUCAUGGCAGACAGUUUAGAGCUGAGCAGCUGGCCCAGGUGCAGAAAUUUGCCAGGAGGAACCUCGGUCAGAGAUGUUCGGUUCCUGUGCUGUGCCAAAGACUUACCAGUUCACUGACGACCCAGGCAAUUCCAAGAGCUAAAGGGCCUCAGGUCUCUUCACAAUAGAUCUGCGCCCUAAUCCUACUGAAGUCAUGGGUGUGAGCCUGCAGCUAGUGAGGGCACACAUGUGAGUCGAGCUCAUACGUAUACACUGGACCAUAGUCUUCAUUCAGCUCAGAGCUGGCCCCAUGCUCAGACCGUCCCGGCCACACUGACCCAUGGAGCCACCUGCUAACUAAUAGACACUUAGGAUGGCAACAGCAAACGAGCAGAACUACAUUGGCCGUCAGUGGUGG